AUGACAUACAAUGUUCAGGUAGGUGAGACAGUCCUGAACAAACAUGUGGAUCACCUGAAAGCUGCUACCUCGCAAAUGGGUCAGGAGCAAAACAUAACUGGCCCCUCAGAACAGCCAGAAGGCCUGUUAGAAACCGUAGGUUCACCCCCUCCUUCGAGUGUCGAGGAAGGCUCAGAGUGCAAGAUGAAUAUAACCUCAAAACCAUUACCACCGCAAGAAGAGGAGGAAAUUUUCCUGAGACGCUCCAGAUGCAAGAUGCGAGCUACAGACCAGUACACACCGCUCAUGUCCGAGUUGAGUCAGGAACCAGACCUGGGGCAAACAUGUCCCAGGAGAAGCUACCAGAGGAAGACCAGGCCUACAUCCCCAGAUUUGGGGAAAUGGUCAGAAGAUCCACACCCACAGCAAUGUCCUCGAAAUGAUCCUGGUACACAGGCCUGUCCUGGAACAGUGGAUGAUGCAGGCGCAGAUUCCUCACCUCACCGACAGGGAGCGCAGUGGGAACGCGGUGACGUCAUCACUACGCGCCGGUUGACCCUGGUAACGGCUUAUGGUUGUGCAAUGCGCGCCCUGUUGUUGAAAAAUGGUGGUUGGGCCGGGUCGCUAGGGAGAUGUCUCCCGGUCCGGGCUCCGGCCCUUGGCCGGUUCAUACAGGACACCACGCUGAAACCAAUGGACCUUGCCCAUGAUGUAAUACAUGGCAGAAAUACAGAAACUCCGUUGGUCUUCCUUCAUGGACUCUUUGGCAAUAAAUCAAACUUUCAUUCAAUAGCGAAGGCAUUGUCUAAGCGGACAGGCAGAAUGGUGGUGACAGUGGAUAACCGUAACCAUGGCGAUAGCGGACACAAUCCAGUGAUGACUUACGAAGCAAUGAGCUUUGAUUUUCAGAAUUUGUUCAACAUUUUACAGUUUCCAAAGUGUAUUAUGAUUGGCCAUAGCAUGGGUGGCAAAAUUGCAAUGACGACAGCACUGCUAAAGCCAGAACUGAUCGAAAAGCUUGUUGUAGUGGACGUCACUCCCGGGCAGACCACCUCGCGUACACCUUUCUUAAAAUAUAUUGCUGCCAUGAGGGCAGUAACUGUGGUUAAUGACUUGCCAAGGUCCGCUGCACGAAAACAAGCUGAGCAACAGCUCCAACCAUACAUCAAGGAUAAUAACAUAAGACAAUUUCUCUUGACUAAUCUGGUGCAACGUGAUGGUCGAUAUGUUUGGAGAGUUAAUCUGGAGGCUAUUGCAAACCAAAUGGAUUGUCUUCUGAACUUCCCCAAGUUCAGUAGUCCUUACACUGCCCCAACACUCUUUCUGGGUGGGGGUAAUUCUCCCUACAUCAGUGACAAGGAUUAUCCCGAGAUCAAGCGGUUAUUUCCAAAUUCUGUUGUUGAACAUGUUCCUGGAGCUGGCCAUUGGGUCCAUGCUGAGAAACCACAUGACUUUAUAAAUGCCAUCUGUGCAUUCCUGGAAACCAGUUAGCAAUGGAUAGUGGACUAAAUAGGAACACCCUGCAGAGAGGUUCACUACUUGGACUCUGCUAAUUGCUUCUAUGGUGUUCAUUAAGUUCUACAGUUCAUUUUGUGAGAUGUACAUUUGAGGUCAAUCAACUGAGCACAAAUUGGUGACUCAAUGCCACACUAUAUUUUAAGUACAAUAAUAAGAAACAUGUUGGAACUUAGUACAUUUUAACAAGUUUCUGAACGCUAGAAGCAGAUAAGGGCUGAGACUUGACAUAAAGAAUUUUAUAUCCGUACAAUAAAUACACUGGGGUAGAAUUGGAGAAAUUCAUUUGCUCUAAUCAGGUACUGAUGAGUGCUGCAAGAUGCAGGCCAUUUACAUGACUCCAGGGAAUCGAUGUGAGUGUGUGGCAUAUUUAUUUCCUAUUCAGUUUGAAUCUGGGAUGUAUUGGACAAGUGUUGUGAGGACAGAGUAAAGCAUUACCUGCUGCAGUUUAUUGUCUGUCAUCUGCUGAUGUUUUCAGUAUUCUGUUUCUAAAUGAUGUUUUGCAAAAUCCAAUCAUAGAUUGUAUUAAAGCCCAUAGACCUGAAUUUGUAUAAGCUCUAUCAUUAAUGCACUAGCUAUAAAAUUCCCUUAAAUCUUGAUUUCAUGGAUUGGUCUGCAGAACUGUCUGUCCCAGGCUGGGGCUAGCCUAUGUAUGUCAGGAGUAUUGGCUGUAUUUUGGUGUUCAAUAAUAAACAUGUUCCUUUCCA